AUGCUACUGAAAGUAGCUUGCGAUUCCGGUACUAUGGCUCGCCGAACGGUCAUUCUGUUUGCGGUUGUGGCCGUGUUGCUUUGGAGACUGUUCUUGUUCGAUAUUGGUGACAGCAGAUUUAAAAGUAUCACACCACAUCCAUCACCGGAGCAAAGACGACAACAAAAUCACCGAGCAAGAUUUUUAGAGCUCACACAUAACGAAACCUACAAAACCGCAAAUGUCGAAGAGAGGAACGAUGAACAUUUCAAGAUGGAACGAUAUGAAGAAUCACCUGCAAGAUUACAAGCGUCAGCUAAUUUGGAUACACAGAGCACCCGCGUCUUGGUUUUAAGUUGGCAUGGUGGUACCGCGAAAGACACAGCGAUGCAACUUCAUAACGCUGGAGUUCGUCGCGAAAAUAUCGUGUGUGGAGGCAUUAUUUGGUACGAGAAAGUCCUCGAUUCUGCUCCUUGCGUAAGAGAUCAUGCAUUAUCUGAGGCUUUGAAUCGAUUGACACAGCGUGUAAGAGGUUUUCCCAUGGCUAUCGAUCCAGCAGACGAGAAAUGGUUGGAUGAUUUCGCAGCUGAGGCUAGCGAGAUGCUAUCUACGUUCCAUGUGCUCUGGGCGGACUUUCCUACCGCCCUUUGUCUUCUAUUAAACAAGAUUGCCCCACAUAAAUUGAUAGUACGCACAACGCAUCGUUUUGAUCACCAGGUGGCUCAUUCGAAGAUAAAUCACACGUCAUUUGUACGUAAAAGCCUCAUGCGCGUUCUACGCGAGGCGCCAAUACUUCUUGCUGGGAGCGAGUACGAUCGGGCAUACAUGAAGUUCUACACAUGUCGUGAACCUGAACGUCUAUUCAUAACAUGGCCAACACAGUAUUUGGAGAGUUUGGGCGCAUCGCGUACACUUACGAACGAGUCAUGCUUCAUCUUGUGGGGGGGGUCGAACAACGAAGGUAGUUCAAGCAUAUCGAUUACAUUUGAUAGAAUACGAGUCCUCGGGCGCACUAUGGAGUCACAAGUUCCCAUGAAAAGUCGCCCAACGAGUUUUGCUCACGCUUCGGAAUUUGCAACAGAGCAAGCCGUAGUAUAUUUCCCAUACAGUAUGCCGAGUUCCGCAUUUCAUGAACUUUACGCGAGUGGUGUCCCCCUUUUCGUGCCAUCGUUGACUUUCAUGCUCGAUGAGUUUUCAAAAAACCGUGGCUAUCCUCACAAAGUAGCUGGUAAUGUCCCUUGUGCUUCACCAUCUUUUUACGAAAACGCUGAGGCAGUGGAGUUCUGCUGUCUUGACGAUACUGGGGUAUGUCAUGAUCCAAAUUCAUGCGAUCCUGAAGCGCUGAAACAAUGGGUAUCAUUAGGUGACCUUUACACCACCCCGCAUGUGACGUAUUUCGACAGUGCCGAGCAUGCUGUGGAACUCAUGAGCAACUGGAUGAAGCAUCCAGACCAACGGGAUCGAACGAUCGAGGACAUGGAGUCACACAACGUUGCUAACCUUCGAUGGAAUGCUCGUGUCGUUCAAGCCGCAAUUCGUCAUGUCAAACAAAGCAGCGCGCUUGAACUGGAUUGAAAAUGCUGGUCGAUACAAAGAAGCUGUGGGGGCGAUACUUUGGACAUCGUAUUCAAUAUCUUACUUGGCGUACCUCGCCAUGUAGAGUCUCACGCCUAGCGUAUGUACGCGAAGUGAAAAUAGAUUUGAGUUUUCAUUUAGUGUAACUCGAUAGCGGGUUUUCCAUGGUGGUGUUCGGGAUGGGCGCUACUCCCC